CUUCCACUCUCCACCAUUUCUCUCUGUAAAUAAAUACAUGUGCUUGACAAAACUGUCAUGUUCUGCAGCUAACGGCUUAGAGAAAACCACGUUUGGCUCCCAAGAAAAUUUCUAGAGAGAAAAAAGAGAGAAAGUCUCCUCCAUGGCUGGUCUGCAGAGAUCCGCAGUUUCGUUCAGGAGGCAGGGAUCUUCAGGACUAGUUUGGGAUGAUCGGUUCAUCUCAGGCGAGCUGAAUCAAGUAGCCAAUCAGCAAAAAGAAGAAGAAGAUCAUCAUCAUCAUCAUCAUCAUCAUCAGCAGCAGCAGCAGCAGCAACAAGAAUUAAAUCAACGCCAAGAAAUUUCACAGCAGGAAUCGGUUGAUGUCAAAGAUGGCAAGCCAUCCAGAGGACUUGAACCAAUCAGGACCAUCGAUAGAAGCCGAUCCAACGGCGGAGGACGAGGCUACCGCACCGGCAAGGUGUCUCCGGCGAUAGAACCGCCUUCCCCCAGAGUCUCUGCAUGUGGGUUUUGCAACGCCUUUGGAAACAAACCUAAAGGAAAUAAUCGUCGGACGGCGGCCAAGUCCGGUAAGCGUAGAUCGAGGUAGGAUAUUCCGCCGAUGAAACCUCGAUUUCCGUUAGCGUUAGUGUGAGAUAUAUAAUAUUAAUUUCUGUUUCCUAUUUUGAAACGGUUUAGUUUAGCAGGUUUCCUUUUUCAAAAGUUGCAUAUCUCAUCUACAUAAAGUUGAGAGAUUGUAGGAGUUUCUGGAAAACAUAAAAACAAGUUCAUGGGAUGCUUUGAUUUCUCUGUGGGUAUUACUUUAGACUCUAUUGGUUUCAUGUUCUUGUUCUGUUUUUGAAUAGAUUCUGCAUAUGGGUUUUGUUGUUUUGUCUGGGUUAUAUGUAAUUAUACAUAUAUAUAUAUAUGUAUGUAUGUAUGUGUGUA